UACAUGCAUCCAAGUCACUGUCCAUCUGUAAGUAUGUAGAUCUACUUAAUAAAUACUGUAACUCCCUGCUUUUGAGGAAAAGUUAUCAAAAUCCGAGGGACGCACUCCUGGUGACAAAACGUCCCCUUAAUCGUCCCCCAAUAAUAGAGCACUAUUAAUCGUACCUCGGGCGGGUGAGGAUUUGUGCCCAAAUUAUUCAGAGUUGACGUCCAGGAUAAAAAGGUUGCCAAAAAAUAAGUAAAAUCCUCCAGCAAGACGCUAAUUUUGAGCACCAUCUAAAAAAUUGAGACUCGCUCAAUUAUUUACAAAUGUGGAAAUCUGUUUUUUAAAGAAAAUUAGAAACCAGGAAAAUGGUCACCUCCCAGGAAAUCGUUCAGCCCACUAUAUUUAGUCCAAAUCUCGAACAAAUUCAAUCACGGCCAAGGGAGGGUCCACUUACAAGGAGGAAAGUCCUCCUCAGUGCUCUCGGUUCCCUUCUCGUCCUUUUUAUUGUCAUCGUUAUUUUUGCGUUUUCAUUUCACAAGGAAAGCUCCUCCACUCAGAAAUUAUUGCAUUCCAUUAGUGAAGAAUCUGUCGAACGGUGUCAAGAUUUUUACCAGUACGCUUGUGGAGGAUGGACUAAAGAAAAAAGAGUCCAGCUACAGAUGAAACAGCAGCUUAGGACUUCCAUGAUUGACGAGAUGGGGAAGGAUAACCUUGUCCUGUUAAGAAAUCUAAUAGACGGGCUUCCGGACCAGUAUUAUAACGGAAUCGGGGGGCAAAUCAAGAACUCCUUCAACUCUUGUCUGGUCCAGGCGAACAACAACACACAAACUUUGGAUACUUCAGAACCACUCCAUUCGGCCAAAAACGAGGGACAUCGUGAUUACCAUGAUCGUCAAGUCAGGAUCGACCCCUUGGUCGAGUGCCUUGGAAUGAUUUCUUCGCACUAUCCCGAGAUGGUUGCUCACCUCUUUGUCCAAGCCCACUACUUGGACGACCCCGCCACCGCUCGUAGCGUCAAACAUGUGGCGGACGCCUUGCGGGAAACGUUCCAAACCGCAAUUUCCUCCUUGUCCUGGGUGGACGCAGAGUCUAACAAGGGACACUCACGACCUGUCGUUUGAG